AUGGCGUCCGAGAAGGCCAAGUUCGCAGAGCCUCUGCUGCCCCACGCUACGCCUGCCCCCUCGCCGCAACGCUCGCGCAAGCUGCGCUGGGCCGUACUCGGAGCGUCCGUGUUAGCGGCGACUGUCUACUUUGCACCGAGUGUGUCGCAUGCGUUUCCAUCUUGCCUUCGUGCGCACCACUCCCAUGUAAAGCUGCAAGACUUGUGCCCGCAAGAGGAAGCACUUUACCCGCAGAAACAUGCGGAUCUGUGGUCUGAACUCGAUAACGCAUACGGAACGGACGGGUUCAAGGAGAACACUAUCCGGUGGCUCGGAGAUGCUGUUCGUGUACCGACAGUCGUGAACGAUCAGCAAGGUCCUGUAGGCGAAGACGCGCGCUGGGAGGUUUUUGGCCCCUUCCACGAAUACCUCCUGAAGGCCUUCCCUCUGAUCCAUUCGACCCUUAAGCUCACCAAGGUCAAUACGUGGGGUCUUGUGUACGAAUGGAAGGGAACAGAUGCCGACCUGAAGCCUCUGCUUCUGGCGGCGCACCAAGAUGUUGUGCCUGUCGAGCAAGGUACCGUGAACCAAUGGGAUCAUCCACCCUUCUCCGGGUUCUUCGACGGCGAAUACAUCUGGGGUCGCGGUAGCUUGGACGACAAGAGCGGUCUCAUUGGUAUCAUGACUACUAUUGAAACCCUUCUCUCCCAGGACUUUACCCCGGCUCGCACAGUCGUCCUUGCAUUCGGUUUCGAUGAAGAAGCAAGCGGAGUGAAGGGCGCUGCGAGCAUUGCACCCGUCCUUGAGUCAAUGUACGGACAGAAGGGCUAUGCGUUGCUCGUAGACGAAGGUGGCUCAUUUGGCGAGCAGUUCGGGACUGUAUUCGCAAACUUAGCCAUUGCCGAGAAGGGCUAUACGGAUACGCGCGUCACUGUGUCUACGCCGGGAGGGCACUCGUCUCUGCCUCCAGAACAUACUAGCAUCGGCAUUCUCUCCCGCCUCCUCGUCGAGCUUGAGGCCAACCCACUGCCGGCGAAGCUGGCUCGCGGCACGCCAAUCUACAGCACCGUGCAAUGCUACGCCGCGCACGGUUCUGAGCUUCCGCACGGAUUACGCCGUGCCGUUGCUGCCUCCUCACACUCUAAUCACGCACUGCACAAGGCCGAGAAGAUUCUCUUCGGAUAUGACGCGAACUUCAAGAGCCUUGUUGGCACGACGCAGGCUAUUGACCUGAUCCAGGGUGGACACAAAACGAAUGCUCUCCCCGAAGAAGCUUGGGCUGUCGUCAACCACCGUAUUGCCACGGACAGCAACCUCGCCGCGGUGCAGACUGCCGAUACUCAGCGGUUGGCUAAGCUAGCGAAACACUUCAACCUUACGUUCAACGCCUUCGGUCAAGCCUUGGCUGAGGGUGGAGCCGGUACUCUGACCCUCGCCGACGCUUGGGGUGCGAGCCUCGAGCCUGCUCCCUUGACGCCUACGGGUGUCGACGCCAAGCCUUUCCAGCUUAUCAGUGGUACCAUCCGUGCGGCGCAUGCGGCCACGACCGGCGAAGAGAAUGGCAUUGUGAUUGCGCCCUCAAUCAUGAGUGGGAACACGGAUACUCGGCAUUAUUGGAACCUCACGGAUCAUAUCUUCCGCUACAACCACUGGAAUAUGGGCGGCGAGAAACAGCUCGCCGGUGCUCAUACCGUCAACGAGCACAUGCGCGUGGACGACUUCGUCGGCAUGAUCAGGUACUUCACGGCGCUCAUCCUGAACGCGGACGAGGCGGAGUUAUGA